GAAAUAAUGUAAUUUUAAAUAGGCAAACCCAAUUCUCAGAAAAAUAAGAAGUGGUGGAAGCAGUUUAAUGAAGUUAACCCUUAAAACUACCGAAACCUUCCGAGACGCUCAAUACUAUACUAAAGCAUCAUUAGUUGUUGUUUACUCUUAUAUACAACAUUCUUUUACAUGGAUACUUCGCUAACAGUCGACAUGGAUUUAAGCAAACUAAAAGUACCUGAGUUGCGUAAAGAGUUGAAAAAUCGAGGCUUGAGCACCGCGGGUAAUAAAAACGAUUUACUUGAACGUUUGCAGUCUGCGAAUAAAAACGAGAAAGCAAACGAUGCUGUAGAAACUGCAGACGAUGCGGUAGAAACUGCAUCCGGUGACGAGUUGGACGAAGAUUUGCUCAACGAAGACGACGAUGAGUCUCACAUCGAAGAUAGUUAUUCAGCUCUGCAAGAUCUUGACGCCACUAUAGAGGAAAGCCCCCCAGCUGCAGAAAAGCCAGCCCAAGGUACAAAAAGAAAGAGUGAUGAAGGAACAACAAAUGAUUCUGCUGUAAAAAAAGCCAAUGUUAUUAUCACUAAUGAUACAGACUGGACGAAAUCAGUUAUUACUGGACGCACAAAGAAAGAAAAACCAGAGAAGAAAGUAAUUAAACUAACAGAUCUUACUGUUCAAGAAAGAGUAGCAAUGCGAACUAAAAAGUUUGCUGGUGGUGUAUCAGAGUAUGCUAAAAAGGCAGUCAGAGCAGAAAGAUUUGGCAUAGAUACUACAACAAAACCUGCAGUUGGUGGAAAAAUUAAAACUGCACCAAUAUCUGCAGCGACAGCGGCAUCCGCAGAUGUGUUAAAACGACGCGCAGAACGUUUCGGCAUUAAAGUCUCCACAACUCUAACCAAACUAGAAAAUCAAGAAAAACUAGAGAAACGCAAGGCGCGUUUCGGCAUCACUUCCCCAGUGAAAACAGCGGAAAAUGGUGCAGCGAAGAAAAAGAAUACCCUAUCGACGCAGGCACAAGAUCGCUUAAAAUCUAUCAAAAAAAUAGUCAUGUAGAAGUCUAACACAUUUUAAUACACCAUAGAAUCAAUGCUGUAAGAAUUUUAUCCUAGAAUUUAAUUUUUUUAUGUUAUUUCACUAUAAUAUCCAAUCAUUUUGAUAAUUAAAUUAAUAACCAUAAACAA